UGUCACAGCGAGACUUGCUAUCGGUCGGCCUCAACACACUGGAGUACGUGCACGUCGUUCUGACCUUGAGGCACGAGGUUCGGGGCAACAUCGAGGUCAGGGUCACGUGCCCUAGUAACAUUAGUUCUGUCCUUGGCGCUACGAGACCGCUCGAUGACAGCAGGGAAGGCUUCAACGAGUGGAUAUUCAGCACGGUUCGCUGCUGGGGCGAGGAGGGCUUCGGCACCUGGACCCUUACCAUCAUUGAUAACGGAGUGAGUGAUCGUGAAAAGAUCAGAGGGGAGUUAUUGAGAUGGCAGUUGCGCCUCUACGGCUCAUCUAUGACGUCACAGGAAGUGCGGGAGAGAAUAAAAUUAGUGAACGAUGCAGUGAAUAAUGGAGAAAUAACGAAUUCAUCCGUGUCAACCUCACCAUGUCGACCACCCCUUGUUCGUAAAAAAAUGGUACCUUCCUUGUCCGAAAAGUACCUAAAGAUAUUGGUGAUAACUGGAGCUUUUGUAUUCAUAAUGGCACUCUACGAUACCUUCGAGUACGCCUUCUGCUACAAAGAUGAAAAAGACGACGAAUCCAAGAAGCGUCAUCUAACUAACAUGGCGAGGAAAAUGAUGGCCGGCAGAAGGAUUAGUGAAUAUGGCGACCGAGUUAGUGACGGCCACAAGUGCGAAUACGUGCGACUGCUACCUGUGGCCAACGCCAAUAACGAUGAUCGAGAUGGAGAUAAUAAUGAGGAUGGAGGUGAUGGUAGAAAUGAAAUUGAAGGGUCGAAGGGUGCAUACGGUGGCAAGUUAUCGGGCAGAGAUGCCAAUAGGAAUGAAAAGAAUCAUAAUUAUAAUAAUAAUUAUAAUUAUAAUAAUAAUGAUGAUGAUGGUGAUAGUGUGGGUGAUGGUGAUAUUAAGAAGGGGGGGUUGCCAUUUAGAGUCGGUAAUAAAAAACCUGCUGAAGUUUUGAAAUGUCACACCAGUAAAAAUAAUAACGAAAACAUCAUUAAUAACAUCAAUAACAAUAAUAACAACAAUAAUAAUAAUAAUAACAAGGGGCUAUCUUAUACUAGAGCACUGCUCUUAAAGUUGGUCGGUAGAUUUAAUGGUAACGGCGAUAAAAGAACUAAUUACGAAGCCGUAAGCAUCACUGAUGAGGAUGAAAAUAACAAGAAUAAUAAUAAAAAAAAUAAUAAUAAUAAAUUUAAUAGUAGUAGUAAUAAUAAUAAGACUAUAAAUAAAAAUAUAAUUAGUAACAAUACUUACAAUGCCAGUACUUCUCCCACUGAUAUAGCUACUUCGGAUGAUAAGAUUAGUGUCGCUACUAUUGCUACUACUGCUGCUGCUACUACUACUACUUUUACUGCUGCUGCUGCUACUGCUACUACUACUGCUACUGUAAGAAAUUAUAACAACCAUUGA